AUGGCUUCGAGAUCAUCAGCUUUCUUGAUUACGAUGAUAAUCGCAUUAGCUGUCGCUCCGGCGGCUUUUGCCACCGACUAUAUGGUUGGAGACAACUCCGGCUGGAAAUUAGGCGUUAACUACACCACAUGGGCCGAGGGCAAAAGCUUCCGUGUUGGUGACACCAUCACGUUCAUGUAUGCACCUGGAGUUCACAAUGUGAUGAAAGUGAAUGGAACUGAUUUCCAAAAAUGCGCUUCUUCAAAUGAAACGGCGGUCCCACGUACGACCGGAAACGAUGUGAUUCCUCUAAUGACACCUGGCAAGAAGUGGUAUAUUUGCACUAUUGGUGAACAUUGCUCCAAGGGGAUGAAGCUCGUCAUCACUGUAUCGGCGGCCGAGGGGCCGUCACCCGCCCCAUCUCCGGCGACUUCGGCCGCCACCGGUGCUGAAGUCUCUGCCUCGAGAACUACUUGCAUGUGGAUGCUUGCAGUCAUGGCCGCCUAUAAGAUGAUCAUGGCUUAA